AAUUCCCUCGCCCCGCAGUUUCCGCCUUCAGUUGCCCCUUCCCAAAAUGGCGACCAUAACCGAAUUGAAAGCAGUUUUAAAAGAUACGUUGGAGAAAAGAGGGACUCUGGGACAGAUAAAAGCAAGGAUCAGAGCCGAGGUGUUUAAUGCGCUGGAUGACCAAAGUGAAGCACGACCCCCGUUGUCCCAUGAAAAUCUUCUUAUCAAUGAACUGAUCCGUGAAUACUUGGUAUUCAACAAGUACAAGUACGCUGCAUCUGUUCUAACAGCAGAAUCUGGCCAGCCAGAGGUUCCGUUGGACAGAGACUUUCUGGUGCAUGAACUAAAUGUAGUAGAGGAUCCAAACAGCAGAUCAGUACCGCUGUUGUAUGGGAUUGUAGCCCAGCUGUUGCAUGCCGAUAAAGAAGAAAAAACCCACCAGAUGUUCCCCAGAUCAUCAUCCUUACAAUUUUCAAGGAGGAACUUUGACAAGCCAGCUAACUAGAGGCAUUAAAUGGCUACGGUCCCAGGCCCAGCCGGCAUCAGGCUUGAAGAUCCAUUGUCAUUACAGGGUAUGCCUAGAUGAAAUAACAAGUGAUGUGACUUCUCGUCAGCACCAGCUAUCUGAUCCAGCUGUUUCUUACUGUGUGGAGGAUCAGUGAUGUUGAUCCAACGGGUAAGGACUGUUUACUGAAAUAACUUACUGCUAAAUAAACUUCCAGCUGAGGCUGCACCAAGAAUCAAACGCCCAGGACUUCAGGAGGCAGAAUGAUGCACACAUUAACGUACAAAGAUGAGAACUUGUGAGAUUCAUCAUCAGAGCAUUCCUGCCUUUUGGCUCUACAUUAGUUUCUUGUUUUACAUUUCUGAAAAUGCAGUUUUUGCAUAUAUUUAAAUAAAAGCAAAUUCACUUUGAACUCUGA